GCUUACAUGGGGAGUGGAGUUGGACGAACCGCUUGAUAAACCAAACCAGUUUCUGGACAUGAAGCAUUUCGAUGUUAACAAGUAAAUCAACGCGGUAGGAUUUAUUUGUUUCAUUGAGUGCAAAGUGUCUCGUUUGCCAAAUUGCUCGCUAUUUUCCCGUGAAGAGGUUCUCGGCCAACUCGAGUCCAAUGGAUCCCAGGACCGCUUGGAUCCAGCCGGAGCAGAAGGGACCUGCCAAUUCCCUGUGGAUGCACAUUUGGGAAACCUCUCAGGGAUUUGGAGCAAACUCCGGCAUCGACAACCACUUUCACCACCAACGCAACUUUGCAGCGCUAAAUGCAAACUCCACGGAGUCAAACGGCGAGUAUUGCAAAAAUGUAGCCCCGCCGUCGGUGUGUGUGUUUGGGAAACUGCCGAAGCGAGACGGCGGCGAAGAGAGGGGAAAUGUCCGGAGGAAGGGCUCGUUGUCACCGUCCUCUUCCUCUCUGGACUCGGAGGCCGAGAGCUCCUCGCCUUCCGGCUCCUCUUUGCAAAUCGAUAAUUUGAACGUCGUAGAAGAGGCCAGUCGGUUUUUACACUACGGUGAGCACGAGUUGAACGAGAACAAUCUCAGACGGCAACAUCCCCCUCCGCCUUUUCACACUGUUCAGCAACACUGUCGCAGCAUGCAACAAUCUGGCGGCCACACCCCCACCGGGAUGAAAAAUCAGCAUGGGAACAAGCACCACCACUAUCAGUCACAUUCGUCCGGUCGCAGGAGGCAUCUGAACAGGGCCAACACUUUCCACGGCAUCAACCCGCUCCUGAGCUACGGCAGCAAUGGACACCAACUAGAUUCCUCUUGCAGCCUGUGGAAAACCAGGCGGUACAGCUCGGGUAUUAAUGGUCUUCAUGAGGAAAUCGUGGACUUUUUCAACUUCAUGUCGCCACGACCAGAGGAGGAGGCCAUGAGAAGAGAUGUUGUGAACAGAAUAGAAAGUGUCAUCAAGGACUUGUGGCCCACAGCACGGGUGGAGAUAUUUGGCAGCUUCAGCACAGGACUUUAUCUUCCAACAAGUGACAUAGACCUGGUGGUGUUUGGAAAGUGGGACCAUCCCCCACUGCAGGAACUGGAACAAGCCCUGAAGAAACACAAUGUAGCCGGCCCAUAUCCCAUCAAGGUCCUUGACAAAGCUACAGUGCCAAUCAUCAAGCUCACUGACCAUGAAACGGAGGUGAAAGUGGACAUCAGCUUCAAUGUAGAGACUGCUGUUAAAGCAGCACAGUUCAUCAAAAGCUAUCUUAAGAAGUACACUGUUCUGCCGCCUCUGAUCUUUGUCCUGAAGCAGUUUUUACUGCAGAGGGAUCUGAAUGAGGUCUUCACUGGAGGCAUCAGCUCUUACAGCCUUAUACUAAUGGCCAUCAGCUUCCUGCAGCUACACCCUCGAAUCGACACACGACGUGCUAACAUCAACCUGGGCAUCCUGCUCAUAGAGUUCUUUGAGCUGUACGGCCGAGAUUUCAACUACAUGAAGACCGGCAUCAGGGUGAAGAAUGGAGGGGCUUACCUGUCCAAGGAGGAAAUGCUCAAAGCCAUGGAGAGUGGAAACAGGCCGUCCAUGCUCUGCAUGGAAGACCCAAUACAGCCAGGGAACGAUGUAGGCAGGAGUUCAUAUGGCGUCCUGCAAGUCAAGCAGGUGUUUGACUUUGCCUACAUGGUCCUGAGUCAUGGAGUGUCUCCUCUAGCACGCGCUUACCCCAACAAAGAGUAUGACAGUACUUUAGGACGCAUCAUCAAAGUGAGCCCAGAGGUGUUGGCCUACAGGGACUGGACCAUUAAAAAGUGGGGAGCCAAGCAGUAUGCCAAGCUGGAGAACCCUGAUGUAGACACCUGUGAGCGGGACCUUGCCAGGCUGAUGCUGGUUUCUUUGGAGGAUCAGAGAGACACUUCCUCCCCCCUCAGUGCUGACUCGCCCUCACCUUCUCCAGUCUUCCUCCCCAGCCCUCAGCACCACUCAUCAUCAUCCUCGGCAUGCUCGCUCUCCUCCUCUUCCGGCAGUGAUAUAGAGUCAGAUUCUCCUCCAAGCAGUAAUGCGGCUGUCCAGCUCCACCCCCUCACCCUGGCCUCAGUCCAUUCAGUAAUCCAAAUGGCUACUGACCUGAGGGCCACACAUCCAGCAGGCUUCAUCCACACCACGCCACAGGUGCAGAUGUCCCUGCCAGAAAACCUAAGCAUCCCAUCGCUCUCCGAUUGCCAGUUCUACCAUGAGAAUCCACCUUCCAUCAGUGUUGUGCACCGUCACAUGUCACAAGCUGCACACAUGUCCCAGCACACCAACUCCACCAGCCCUCUCCCCAGCCCCCUCCACCAACUCCAACACCCUCAGAUGGGAGGCCAGCACAGCCACACUUACACCAUGAGGUCCAACUCCCACGGCUCGCUACAUCAAGGCGGCGGCCUCCGAGCUCAAAAUCACUCCCAAGCUAACUUCAGUCCUCAUCGGCGGUUCGUUCCCCAGGGACACAACGCGGCACCAGGUUUCAGGAACCAGCAGCAGUACAACCGCAACACCUGGCGACGCAGGAAGAGGGAAAAUCUUCCUGCUCUUAACCAGAGCAGAUGAAAAAAAGUGCACAACUUGACUGGCAUUGGUUUUUGAAGACCUCACAUAGCCUGUAGUGAGUCCUGGUGUUGAGGAGCAUUCAUAGUGCCCCAGUUUUUUUUUGUUGGAGUUUCUUGAAAAUGCACCUACUCGUUCCUGGAAUUCACAAGGCAACUGAAGUUGUCUCCAAAGGUGUCAAAUGAUUGAUCUCUGCCAGCAUUGUGCAAGCACUAAGUGAUGCUCCAAGGCUCUUGCAGGUGAAGCAAGACUGUCAAAGGCCUAAAGUCCUAACUGUGCACAUUUUGUUACAUCAGCCUGAUGAUAGUCAGAGACCCUUCCUCUAAAUUUGAUGCACACCAGCACAGACUUUUGGGUUGAUCAAGGAAUUACCGAUUCCCAGACUGGGUCUUCUCACCAGUGUCACUUUCCAGCGGCUCAAGACUCAAAGCUGGUUGGCUAAAGAGAGAGGUCAAGUAUUGAGUUUCCAUGCAUUUUGAACAUCUUAGAAAACAACAUUCUGUGCCAUAGUACUUACUACGGAACUGGUUUAUCAAACCUGGUCUCUCAAAGUUUUGGCUUUUAUUGGGCCUUUUUGAUCAGGUUUUGGGCUCAUCUGGUCUUCUGAAUGCAACUCCAUAUCGGCUUUCUCUUGAUUCAGAGCUCUUACAGCUUGGACCAUCAUCUACGAAUUGUACUCUGGACCGAAGCGAAGCACUACCUGUCUACCUAUGCAGCGAAACGCUGACUCGAUGUUUUUGGUGUGACGGCACAAAACGGACCUUGUCUCAAGUGCUUAAACUGUGAUGACUUGUUUGAAUGUACCAAGUGUUUCUUUUUUUUGUGUGUUGGUCAUUUGUUCUCUUGUUUCUGUCACUGAGGGCUUUUUUUUUUGUUCACAUUGGCACUAUGUUUUUUUGUUUUUGUAAACAUUGCCACCUUAUUUUAUGUUUGUUGCGUUCAUGUGCAAUAAUUGCUUUUAUUUAAUUUAUUUCACAUUUUAGUUUUUAUUUUAGGGGUUCUCCCCAUAAUUAGUUUUGCUUUUUUUUUUUUAUUUCUAGACAACAUUGAUCUGUGCAAUAGAUGGAUUUAAGGGCCUUGAAGGAAUGUUUGUGUGUGUGCAUGAUUGAGUGUGUAUGUACAGCUUUCCAGCAGAAGGGGGAGCUGUGGUGAAGCAACAAGAGAAAUGUGCCAAAAAUGACAUGAUUUACCAUUGCAUUAUGAUCACUUGAAAUUUUGCCAACUCUCUGCCUGUCCAAAUGUUUUUCAAUCACUACAACAUAUCACUUUUUCAGUAGUUUGACUUUUAUUUGAGUGCAUUUUCUCCUGAUGGGCUGUUCAAGAGAAAUACACCUCAAGCAGUGUUUACUCAUGUCAUUUAGAAAAAUAGUUGGUGCUAUUUAUUACCAGCAAAGUGCUUUUUUUCUGCCUUAUCUCUAUUUUGAUUCUGUUAAAGCAACAGGUUAACUGCCUUCUUAUAUGACCAAACUUUCCCUUUUCCUGUAUGUAGCCAGCUUUUCUGUUCUAUUUGUUUCUAUGAGCACUGCCGGGUUUACCUGGCUUUUAUUUUUACAUGUGGCUUCUAGGUGUACGCUCCAAGAGCAGACUCCUACUUCAGUCAAUGAUUGUUGACAUUAACAUCAUGUCGUAACAUAUUUUUCUUUUCUUUUUAAUUCAAAGGUCAUGAUUAUAUAAGGCUAAAGGUCCUUACAGUUCAGAGAUUCUCCUCUUCCAUAUUUAAAGUCAGUAUUUCUACAUCUUGUAAGACAAGGUUUCAAAGCUAGAUAAUUUACACAGCAAUCCGUAAGAGGACUUGAGCGUGGGAUGUCACAGAUUUACAGAUAGUGGAGUUUUGGUAGAGCCAUUUACAAAACCAAAAAAAUUUGGUGUAGGUCAUAGGUUUUAAAAGUCUUGUAACACCCUGCACACCAAUCUGAUGGACUCAACAUGAUCCUGUGAGCAUUAUGCCCUCGUUUCAGUGCCGCUUUUAUCAAGAGGAUGAUCGAUGGGUUGUUACAGUAUAUUGCCACGAACCAAAUCCCCAGCUCAAAUGUAUGUAAUUAAGGAUGGGUUGUUAUGUGUAAAUGACUGACAUAUAGAUGUAUACCUUGUUUUUUUAUGUAAGUUUUCUAUUUUUUUAAUAAACAUUUUAAAACUCCA